UCUAAACUUUUACUUUCACUUUGUAGAAAGGGCAUGCAGCUGACACGGGUACUGCAAUAUUUCAAAAAGAGACCUAAAUGGCCAGGAUUAAUGAGAGCAGGCAAACAUCGUUAUCUACCAGUUAUUUCCCCUAGUCAGAAGGCUAGAGCAGUCCAGGCGUUAAUUCGAGAAGAAACCAAUGUUAAGAUUUUACAGAAUCCGUAUCUAACUAAAGAGGAGGAAUAUGGUUACAUGAAAGCAUUAGGAAAACCUCAAGAAAAGUUUGAAAGAAUGAAGGAGGCAAAGAAACAGAAAAAAUGGCCUGAGGAUAUUUCUUUGAAAAAUUAUUUAGAACAUUUAAAUGUUACAAAAAGCUGGGAAUAGUGAUAUUAAUAUUGUGAAAUAGUUUUGUUCAAUAAAUUUGAUAGCGAAAAUUGUCAGAUUUUAUGCAAAAUGUGUACAUGUAGGUAUGAAAUUGAAGUUUUUUGUCAUUUUUGUAAUAAAGACCAUUAAUGAAAAA